AUGCUCCAUUCUUCAAGACGCGUGCCAUCUAUUUUAUCGUUUGUAUUUGUACCAUCUCUAGUUGUUGCUAGUCGCUCCUUUGUGCAGGGUGGACCGACACCUCCAAAGCUGCAAGAAGGCAUUGAGCCUAUGAAGAAACUCCGCUCACACCGUGCUGAGAUGGAUGCACGCUUUGCAGAGGAACAACGUGCAGAGCGUGAGUUCUACGCACGUACACCGCACAUCCCCGCACCGCUGCCGCAGAAUAGUCAUGAAAAGGGAAAGUAUGGUAUGCGAAGACGUAUUAAGGUGCAACGAGAGGAUAAUACCAUAGACCUCCAUGCGUUAAAUGAGGCAGUGGAAACUGGAAACCAUGCAAUGCGCAAAGGAUUAUAA